AUGUCCCAUUGCAAGCUUCCUCCAUCUUCUAACACGAUUUCCAGAUCUGGGACGGCGUUGUUCUCUGACGGAUACGCUAAUGGAGUCAUUGGCAGUGUCAACACGAUCCUCACACGUAUUUACGGCAAGGCAGCCAUGACGAAGAACAACUAUAGUACAACCCUUUCAAGUCUGGCUUUUGCCGGCACGAUUGUAGGGAUGGUAAGCUUCGGCUACUUGGCGGACAAAGUGGGUCGUAAGUUCGGCAUGAUGUUUGCAUCAGGUAUAGUGGCCGUGUUCUCGGGCCUUUCUGCUGCAUCCCACGGAGCGAAUGGUAGCCUUGGAGGAAUGUUGGCGAUGCUUAGCGCAUGCAGAUUCCUCCUUGGGAUUGGGAUAGGUGCCGAGUACAGCUGCGGUGCGGUCGCCGCCGCCGAGUUGUCAGAAGAAGCAGCUAUCAAAAAGGCGGCGCAGCAUCGAUGGUUUACCUUGUCCACAAAUUCCGUGCUGAACUUUGGAAUCGUCGUAUCUUCGUUUGUUCCGCUCGUGGCAUACUGGAUUUUCGGUGACAACCACCUAAGGGCGGUUUGGCGACUGUCUUUGGGGCUAGGCGUUGUUCCGGCGAUCGCAGUAUUCGUGUGGAGAAUGAUGCAAAUGGAAGAGACACCAAGCUAUCGGAAGGACUCAAUGAAGCGCGUAAAAAUCCCAUAUAAGCUUGUGAUUAAGCGAUAUUGGCGAAGCCUCCUUCCGCUCUGCAUCGUCUGGUGCAUAUACGACUUCAUCUUGUACCCAUUCGAAAUUUUCUCGUCAACAGUCAUCAACACUAUCACAGGAGGCUCACAAUCACUCGAAGUAAUUUUUGGCUGGAAUGUCGUUAUCAAUCUGCUCUACAUGCCAGGGACGAUAGGGGGUGCAUUCCUCAUGGAUGCCAUAGGGCCGAAGUACUGCCAAGCGUUGGGAUUGACUCUGCAAGCCGUGGUUGGCUUCCUUCUCAGUGCCUUAUACAAGCCUCUGACAGAACAUGUCGCCGCCUUUGCAAUUCUUUACGGCCUCUUUCUGAGUUUCAGCGAAGUUGGUCCGGGUAACUGCGUCUUCCUCUUGUCCGCGAAGACGGCUCCGACUGCUGUGCGGGGUCAAUUCUAUGGAAUAGCCGCGGCUGCUGGGAAAGUCGGUGCGCUUGCAGGUAUAUGGGCCUUCCCAGCCAUUACCAACGGCUUCGGGAAUAGCAUUUUGGCUGAAACGGGGCCCUUUUGGAUAGCCAGCGGCUUGGUUGUCUUUAGCACCUUGGUAACAAUAUUCAUGGUGAAACCAUUGUCCCAUGAUUGUAUGAUGGAAGAGGACCUAUUGUUCCGAGAAUAUCUGGAAGCUCACGGAUUUGACACCUGCUUGAUGGGGCUUCAAGAUGAAGUUACGAUAGGAUCUGACGCAUCUAUAGAUAAAUUCGAUCCCAGCGUGCCUCAGGAAAAGUAG